UAGUGUCUCACACUGGCUCGGGCAGCAAACUCUCCUCUCUCAGACUGCUCUGUCUUGGAGUCGGCUGAUCAUUGAGUUUAAAGGUAGUUUAUCAUUUCUUCGAUGGAAUUUAUUGUUUUUCAAAACGGCUAUUCUUUAGUUUUGACGAUUUUUUGAAGAAAGAAGCAGUUUCUGGGGUUGCAUAUGAACUGCGCUCAACAAGUUAAAGUGCAAAGAGGCGCACUGGAAAGAAGACUUUGAGUAACAUUCCUAAUUGGUUUCAGAGCUGUGCUAAAGAAAUUCGCAGUGAAUUGAUUCUGCCCAAUGCUUAUGAAACGUAUUUACACUGCGCACGCUCCUCUCCGAUCAAACACUUCGGCUGCGCACGUAUUUUAACCUAUUGAUCGACUGUUUGCUAAUUCGGAGAAUAUGGAUCUUCGUCCAGAGAUCCCGUCCGUCGCCCAAGCAGGGUCGCAGGUUCAUCCAGGUGCCACCGCCUCCAUACCGGUUUCCAUGGCCAGCAACCUCUUAAGGGGCCCACCACUGUUGCUUCGCGCUACGGAGAAGUAUCCACGAACGCCCAAGUGCGCUCGGUGCAGGAAUCACGGAGUUGUGUCCGCUCUGAAGGGGCAUAAGCGCUACUGCAGAUGGAAGGACUGCAUGUGUGCCAAAUGCACUCUGAUCGCUGAGAGACAGCGCGUCAUGGCAGCUCAGGUUGCGCUCCGCAGGCAACAGGCUCAGGAGGAGAACGAGGCAAGAGAGCUGCAAUUGCUCUACGGCACUGCAGAGGGUCUGGCCUUGGCCGCUGCCAACGGCAUAAUUCCUCCUCGACAUAACUAUGAGGUCUUUGGCCAAAUGAACAACGAAACCAACUCCGAAUCAAACAUUCAAAAGUUCGAGUUGUUCCCGAAGACACAUUUACCAGGAUCGGUGACUCCACAGCAGGCGGUGGGAAAGUCCGUACCCACAGACACCGAAUCUGUUCCUGGAAUUUCAUCUCCAGAUUUGCGUCACGGCUCCGGCUCGGAAAACGGUGACCGAGAAUCCCUCGUGAGUUCCCCGAUCACCAAACCUCUGAAAGACGGAGAGGAGACGCCGGGCUCAAUCAGUCCACUAGGCUCAGACUCCGGCUCGGAUAUUGAUAAAGACGAGCAGGAGCCCUCGCCCUCCUCUGCAGCAUCACGACAGAUGAACGCCAUCGACAUCUUAACGAGGGUCUUCCCCAACCACAAGCGCAGCGUCCUGGAGCUUGUCCUUCAGGGAUGCGGGAAAGACGUGGUGCAGGCCAUAGAGCAAAUACUCAACAACAGCGGCCAAGCCAAGGGCCCAGAGGAGUCCUGGACGGCGGAGAGGAUGCUGCAGAGCGCACAGACGACAAUAUCUUCCAACCCGAGGCCUAUGUUACCCGGAACCAUGACGCUCAGCAAUAGGUCUGCCUUCUCUCCUCUGCAACCCAAUGCUCCACACUUUAGUGCCGAUCCCAGCACCUAUUCUCUCAGUACGCAUUUGGGCCUGAACCCACUGCGGCUGGCAUACUCGGCUCACAGCAGAGGUCUUGCCUUCAUGGCUCCUUACUCCACCGCAGGUCUAAUGCCAACAUUGGGCUUUAGGCCGCCAAUGGACUACGCCUUCAGUGACUUGAUUAGAGACAGGACUCUCUUGCAUAAAGAUCAGAACUACAGUAAUGGACUGUAUGGUCCCCUGGUCAACAACACUCCAGAGAAACAGUGAGGGUCUAUGGAAUAAUAAAAAAAAGACUAUAGGGAUAGCGUUUCAUCUGUUCCAUGUCUUUAAGACUCUUAGGCCUAAAUAUUUCUCCUUCAACGUUCCCAAGAUUUGUGGGCCUUGUGGUUCUGUUAUUGCAAUUAUGUAUAUAAACUAUGUCUAGUUAAAUCGCCAGAAAAAAAAAACGUAAUACGGACUAACGAUUGACUCGUGUUUGGUCUUGGCUUCUUUGAAGUUUAUGAUUAAUCAAAAAGAAAAUGGUUACGCGUAAAGGUUAUAGUUUUUGCCUAACUGUAAAAUGGUGAAGAUCAUUGACACUGCAGAGGUGAAUUUUAGACCUUAAGCAGGGUGACCAUAGUAUUUCCCUGUAAAUUGUGUAUUUUAAAAUUCUUCACAUUUGUUAUAAUCCAUUUAGAUUAUUUACAAAACGGAUUAAGCCCCCGUGUGAUACUAGUGCAAUUCCUAGAAUAAUUUGCAUCAUCAUUUAAAAGGGACAAUUCUAGAAUUAUUGUUAUUGUGGAACUUCUAUCAUUCCGUCUUUUCUGCUCCUUGUCUGUAAAAAUCGUGCCAUGUUCAUUCAAAGAACGCUGAACGCCGAAGUUAUUUUGAUUCAAUGUGGUUACAAACAUUUGUAUUCCUUUUG